GAGAUGUCUUUCCAGAUCUUAUAUCAUAGGAGUCUUGGAUCAGGAAGAUGGUUGUAUAGUAGAUCUCCUUUUACCUCUACAGUUUGGGCGAUGGAGGAUCUCGAUCAUAGCUUUGUUCUUUGGAACAAGCCAGUGUUGGAUGAAAACGAGCCGAGCAGUCCUGUCCUGUUCAAGGCAAGUGAUCCAGGUGACGUCGAGGAGAAGCCACAGAAGCAACAAGACACGGCGGAAGAUCUCUACAAGCUCUACGAGCAGCUCACUGGGCCAUUCCAGGAGUUCACUCUCAAGGAUUUUGUUAGUGGAAUCAAGCAAAACGGCGGCCUCGAUUCUCCAGCUAACGACAUUGCAGUGCCGAGUAAAAGCUCCUCCAUAUCCCCCAGAAACUCCCUCCACGGGGAACUUUGCAAGGAGUCACCCGCGAGCUCUCCAUGGAACCGGCCGAGGUCACCCAUGCUUCCAGCGAACAAACGAGUGAGGCCAACUCCAUCAUGCGACGCAUCGUUUUACCAGUCGCCCAAGAGAAGCGGAGCUCCAAUUCCUGUGGAGCACGGCACAGAUUGUCACAUUUGCAAUACCAAAGCCAUGAUCGUCAAGACCAGAUGCCUGGUGUGUGGCAAAGUUUACUGCCGGAAGUGCGUCAAGGAAGGCAUGGGCAGCAUGUUGGAAGGAAGGAAAUGCCGAUCUUGUCUUGGCCAUCGUUUCAAUCCAAGGUAUAUUGAUCGAGCUGGAAAGGGAUGGUGGAUCUCAAAUCGAGUGAAGCAAGUGGAGAUGAGAUGGGCGACCAAGAGGUCAAGAGCAGAGUUCCAGAGUUUACAAUUGUAGCAUUUUAGGGCUUUCUUUUACUUCUUGUAAAGGUUUGUAAGAAAUGAAA